CGCCCUACGUUAACAGCACUCGGGACUCGGCGGGCGCGUGUCUUCCAUCUCCUCGUCGCCAUGGCCGCCGACAUCAGCCAGUGGGCCGGGCCGUUGUGCCUGCAAGAGGUGGACGAGCCGCCCCAGCACGCCCUGCGGGUCGACUAUGCCGGGGUGACGGUGGACGAGCUGGGCAAAGUGCUAACGCCCACCCAGGUUAUGAAUAGGCCCAGCAGCAUUUCAUGGGAUGGCCUUGAUCCUGGGAAACUCUACACCCUGGUGCUCACAGACCCAGAUGCUCCGAGCAGGAAGGACCCCAAAUUCAGGCCAUGGCACCACUUCCUGGUGGUCAACAUGAAGGGCAAUGACAUUAGCAGUGGCACUGUCCUCUCGGAUUAUGUGGGCUCCGGGCCUCCCAGUGGCACAGGUCUGCACCGCUAUGUCUGGCUGGUGUACGAGCAGGAACAGGCGCUGAGCUGCGACGAGCCCAUUCUCAGCAACAGGUCUGGAGACAACCGCGCCAAGUUCAAGGUGGAGACCUUCCGCAAGAAGUACAACCUGGGGGCCCCGGUGGCCGGCACGUGCUACCAGGCCGAGUGGGACGACUAUGUGCCCAAGCUGUACGAGCAGCUGGAGGGGAAGUAGGGGUGCCGGGCCCGCAGCGGGGCCUCCCACAGUAGUUAGGUUGUGUAAAGCAUGCAUCUCUCCCUUCCUUCCCUCCAACAGGGAGUUCUCAGCUGUGCUAGGAUAGAGGUUUAGGGCGUCUUCCCACUCGCUGCCUGUCGUCUCGACUCCAGUCACAUUCCAGUUUAUGAUUGGGUUUGGGUUCCAUCUGGGGAGGUGUCUGGUGUUCUGGUGGAGUCAUUCUAUCGUUGAUUUAAAAAGAGUAACUGUGAAAAAGAAAACAUUCUGCCAGAUCAGGUCCACAGAGGAGAGCCAGGGCUGGUGUUGUCUGUAAGCGGGUGAACAGGAAACUUUCCAGAACCAGGCACAGUGGCAUCUUUAGGGGUGGGCUGGGCUUUUAGUGUUCUGUCCCCUAACUGAAACAACCCUAGACUCCCAUCUCAGCUGAGCCCUGUCAGGUCAGGUGGCUGCGUAGGUAUCCAUGUCCCUCUAAAGAACAGUGCUGCUGCGGAGAGACCCUGUUGAGCCCCUUGCUUCUCGGUGGGGUGAGCAAGUCGCUGGAGUUGCCGAGUGUUAGUCCUCAUCACAUACAAAUAAAAGGCAUUGCAUCCAGA